AUGCCCGAAUCGCCGCCGCCUUCCUACAGCCCACGUCGACCUCCUCCGCCAUACGAGGAGCAGAAUUCCCGCAAUUCUCAUAAGGUAUUUAGUGGAUGGAGAAAAAGAUUCUCGUGGGAAAAAAACGGUCUUUAACGGUCUCUUGGUUGCUAGGAGCAGAGACAUUUUCUCAUUCGAAUAUUUUCUAGACCGCCCACGUUUCCUGAAUGUUUUCACAGACUUUUGUUUUCUUUCCAUUUUUUCUUUUGGUUAUUCGCUCACCUUUUCCGGUGAGAAUUAAGAAGUGAGCAGAAGAAAAAUUGUUUCACUUUGUUUCUAUUAUUCUUUAUUUUUGCUGUUUCGGUUUGACGUUAACAAUUUUGUUAUAAAUACGUUUUAGAAUCAAUUUUCGAUCACUUCAAAUGGAACGACACAAUUUUCAUCUUAAAAAAUGCAAUACAAUUAUUUAAAAACCAAUUGAAUGCACAAAUCAAAUUCGCGGAUUCAAUUGAAUCUAUAUAAAACCUCCUCAAGCUUUUUUGAGUAAGAAUUUUGAUAUUUAAACUGCAAAGAUUUUUUUCUGAACAGUUAGUAUAUUUACAUAGAGGAAACAGUUUUCAGAGACUGAUGAGUAGUUGAAAGUAACGAUGAAAAUUGUUUCACCUUGCCUUCCAGAAACGAAUUUCCCAGUUCAAAAAAAGAAACGCUGAAGGAGACAUUUUUGUUAUUCACAAGCGUCUGGCGUGAAAGAUAAGAAGUUUCGCACGUCGUUUCCUAAAAUUAGUCAUGGUUGCUUUAUCAUUUUAAAGGAUGGUCUUGCAGGAGCAAUGCACGAUGAGCACUGAACACGCCUACAAGGUCUCGCCACCGCCAUUCGUGCCGCUGUCGUCGCCGGCGGCCAUCGACGUCGACCAGCUCGUCAUCGGCAACGCCAACAUGGGCGAGGCCGUCCAGCCCGCCACCAUAGUCAUCGUCCACGAGCCCAAGCCUGCGCCGACCUUCGCCCCUUAUGAAACCUACUGCCACAAAUGCAUGGUAAGUUGCUAUUUGAUCAGCUGAAUGAAAACUUUCCAACGAAGCUCAUCUUUUCUGUAAGAAAAGAAUCGUCGAAAUACAGUACCGUCAGGGGUUUCGGUCAAAACUUUCUUUUAAGGAAUCCAAUCUUUCUGAAACUUUCUGUAGUUGUGAUGACUGUUAUUUUUUUGAACUUCUGAUGAAGUUUCAGUUUACAGAAAAAAAUACAGGUUUAGAAACUUUCAGGAAGAUACAAGAAAGUUAUGACAAAAAAAUCUCGAUUUUUCUUUUUUUUUUUUCUGACUGAAGUUCAUAAUCAAAUAGGCGGAAAAUUUGGAAAAAUGCCAGCACUUUAAAACCCAUAACACUCUUUGAACGACUUUUCCGCUCGUUUUAGAAAAAAUUGCAGAAACAGAGCUUUGUUUACCGUUUGAAAAACGAUGGGGAAACGCUAUCUAAACAUUGAAAAGUUCCCAGAAUUAUCGGAAACAGAUAUUCCAGACAAUCAUUCUGUAAAAAAAGUGUAAAAAAACUUGAAAAAAACUUCGAAUAGAAUUCUCAUUGAAGUUCAUUUAUCAUUCAGUUUCCUGCACUAAAAAUCACUUGUUUUUUUAAAAAAAUAUGAAAAAAACCUAUUGAAUUGUUCAAUCCAAUUAUUUCAUAGCGAUUUUUUUCAAAGAUUCGGUUUGAUGAAAACUUAUAUUCAAAAAGAGGGUUGUACCAAAAAAAUACCCUUUUUUUACACUUUUUUUGAAUUUUUUUAUAAUUCUUUGAUAGAGAGAUUUUUCGACACUUUUCUCUGCACUUCACUCACUCGAAAAAAAUUCUCGUCAGAAUAAGAUUUUCGAUUUUUUGGUUAGAUAAUCAAAUUAGUGUUUUCAACAAAACUAAAACAAAUUUGAUUGUGCGCAGCAAGGUCGCUGAUUCGAAUCGCGUCAUUCAUUUUUGCUUUCUUCUUUCAUCUCGCCUAUUUUUUUAACACGACUUGUUCUUAAUGUCCGCGUAAGGGGAUUACCCUAGUUGAGCUAGCUUAGAGACGACAAAAAAGUUCUCAGGAGAGUUUUUGACAUAAAAGUAGGGCCAAGGGUGAAUGAAAAAAAGAAAGUAAAUACGGCCGGUUCGUGAGUCUGCCAAACAGGCGACACUCGUGACAGCUUCAGGAAAAAUUCGAGUGAAACUGUGAAAAAAAUAUAGUAAGGAGCUCAGGAAGAUACUUAAAAAGGGGAUAUUCAUAGAUUUUAUUGUUCUUGCAAUUUUCAAAACACUUUUUUAAGUGUCAAAUUUUAAAAUGAACUCGGAAGUUAAUUUUAAAUCCGUGGUAAGCAUCCGAAAUCAAAAAAGACGCGUUUUUUCUUCUUGAAACAAAGAAAUUGAACUGGAAAAAAUCCGACACAACCAAACUUUAAAAUUUGUACCGUUAGAUUUUUUCCUGGGUUGAUUCGGGUUUUUUUUUCUAAUAUCAAUUGCGCAAUUUACUUUCAGUUUUUGCUUUGCUUAAGCAUACCACCAAAGUAGACAGCCUAACGAAAAGGAAAACCGCCAAAAUUUAAUAAAUAAAUCAAAAUUAAACCCCUUUUCAGACUUCCUAAUAUCAUAUCACAAGAAAGAAGUGAGAAACCUGAACAUCAACGAUUGAUUAAUUUUCGAAAAAAUUGAAGCCAAAAAACAGUGAAAAACUGUAUUCAAAACAAAAAAAAAUAAUAAAAACGGCAUCUUUUUUCAGAAAAACGUGACGACCCGACCGCACUAUGUCACAGGGACUCUAACUUGGAUCGUUUUCGCUCUGGUCUUCAUUUUCUUCCUACCUUUGGCAUUCGUUCCGUUCUGCUUGGAUUCCUGCAAAGACGCGCACCAUUUAUGUCCGAAAUGCUCCACGCUGCUGUCAAUCAAGAAACGGCUCUUUUGA